AUCUCACCCCGCCCAGCACUGGCCAUCUUGUUGCCCAAUUUCUUUGGCGAAUAGAAUUUACGCUCUGCAGCCAACACAUUUAGUACCGCCUGGUGGCAUCAUUCCUAAGCUACAAGCAAGACUGUAACUCUGCGCAUACCCUUUUGCCGAUAAGCUCCCACUUUUGGUUUCACUACAAAGGAGCAAUGAGUUGGCACGGUUUGAAAAAGGCGGUCAGUCGAGCGACUACCUCGGUGAUGCAGUCUACUGGGGCAAUGGAUAGAACGAUUGAUCGUGAAUUCGAAGAAGAGGAACGCCGUCUGAGAACUUUGGAGAAUAAGGCGGAGAAUUUGCAUAGGGAAGCAAAAGGAUACUUGGAUGCGGUUCGUGGCAUGACCCUGGCACAGCAAAGAAUUGCGGAGACCAUCAACUCAUUCUACGAGGAGGGGUCACCAUUGGGAUAUGCAGGGGCACAGUAUAAGUUGGCCGUGUCAAAGAUGGACGAACAAGCAAGGUCAGAGCUGGAUACAAAUUACCGUGUGACGGUGCUCGAUCCUCUUGGAAAACUUGUUGCGGUGUUCCCCGACUUCAAUGACGCGCGAAAGAUACGACAAAAGAAGUUACUCGAUUAUGAUCGUCUUCGGAGCAACGUCAGGAAGCUGGUAGAAAAACCCUCUGAUGACCCACAAAAACUGCCAAGGGCGGAAGCAGAGGCUAAUGCAGCGCGAGAAAUUUAUGAACAUUACAAUCAACAGCUCAUCAACGAAAUCCCGAAACUUAUUGAUCUACGGGUGCCAUAUCUCGAUCCUUGUUUUGAAGCGCUAGUGAAAUCACAGCUACGAUUCAACGAAUCCGCAUUUGAUAAGCUCAAUGCCAUCAGAACUGCUUUCCCGAAUGAGGGGCGCGGAUUGGAAGGGCAGGUAGAAGGUGUUUUGCAGCAGAUGCGGGAGCUGACGAUUUGCGGUUCUCAUUGAAAAAUCCGGAGGAAUACAGUACACCUUUUAUCAAACAGCUCUCAAAUUCAAUAAUAUAAGUCACCACAUGUUUUCAGUUUCCCG